AUGGCUUCUUCUCCAGGCAGAGCUAUGUUCUUCCUCGGGCUAUCCCUGGUGCUACUAGGCGACCUUCGCUGCAGUUCUUGUUCUCAGGUGUAUGUGGUUUACAUGGGCAAAGGGUCGCAGGACGACAGUGAUCGUCAGCAUGACAUCUUGAGGCUUCACCACCAGAUGCUGACUGCUGUUCACGAUGGAAGCUCGGAGAAGGCGCAGGCAUCACACGUCUACACUUACAGCAGCGGUUUCCAAGGAUUCGCUGCCAAACUGAACAAAAGGCAAGCCACGAAAUUAGCCGAGAUGCCUGGUGUCGUCUCGGUGUUCCCAAACACAAAGAGGAGAUUGUGCACCACCCAUUCUUGGGAUUUCAUGGGCUUGUCCACCAAUGCAGAGGGUGAGGUCCCUGGAUUGUCCACCAACAACCAGGAGAACGUCAUUGUUGGAUUCAUUGACACAGGAAUUUGGCCAGAAUCCCCUAGUUUCAGUGAUCAUGGGAUGCCUCCGGUUCCUAAAAGAUGGAGAGGGCAAUGCCAAAGCGGAGAGGCAAAUUCACCAUCAAAUUUCACCUGUAACAGGAAGAUAAUAGGAGGUAGAUAUUACCUCAAUGGAUACCAAACAGAAGAGAGUGGUUCAAGUAAAAAUGCCAUCAAGUUCAUAUCUCCAAGAGAUAGCUCAGGGCAUGGCAGCCAUACUGCCUCAAUAGCAGCUGGAAGAUUUGUCAGAAACAUGAAUUACGGAGGUUUGGGCACUGGAGGAGGUCGGGGAGGAGCCCCCAUGGCAAGGAUUGCAGCCUAUAAGGCCUGCUGGGAUUCUGGCUGUUAUGAUGUUGACAUUCUCGCAGCAUUUGAUGAUGCCAUCAGAGAUGGCGUCGACAUUAUAUCAGUGUCUCUAGGUCCAGACUAUCCUCAGGGUGACUAUCUCAGCGACGCUAUAUCCAUCGGGUCAUUCCAUGCGACAAACAAUGGAAUACUGGUCGUUUCUUCAGCAGGAAAUGCUGGGAGACAGGGCUCAGCAACUAACCUUGCGCCAUGGAUGCUCACAGUAGCUGCAGGAACAACUGAUAGAUCAUUUUCUUCAUAUAUCAGACUGGCAAAUGUCUUAAGAAUACUUUUGAACAAUGUACCUUUCAUGAAGGGUGAGAGCUUGAGUACAUACCACAUGAAAACUUCCGUUAGAACUAUUUCAGCUUCGGAAGUCAAUGCAGGCUAUUUCACCCCUUAUCAAUCCAGCUUGUGUCUGGAUAGCUCUUUAAAUAGUACCAAGGCCAAGGGAAAGAUUCUUAUUUGCCGACGUAAUGAAGGCUCCUCCGAAUCACGUUUAGCAACGAGUAUGACUGUAAAGGAAGCUGGUGCAGUUGGGAUGAUUCUCAUUGAUGAGCUGGAGGAUCAUGUUGCUAAUCACUUUGCUGUUCCUGGAGUCACUGUUGGGAAAGCCAUGGGUGACAAAAUUCUUUCUUAUGUCAAAAGUACAAGUCAGUUCUACAGGCAUGCCAGUACAAUGAUCUUGCCAGCAAAGACGAUCUUAGGGUUGCGAGAUGCCCCACGGGUAGCGGCAUUCUCUUCAAGAGGUCCAAGUUCAUUGACACCUGAGAUUCUGAAGCCGGACGUCGCUGCUCCUGGGCUGAACAUCUUGGCGGCAUGGUCUCCUGCUAAGAAUGAUAUGCACUUCAACAUUCUGUCUGGGACUUCCAUGGCAUGUCCACAUGUUACAGGAAUAGCAGCUCUUGUGAAAAGUGUAUAUCCAUCAUGGUCUCCUUCAGCCAUCAAAUCAGCAAUCAUGACAACAGCAACUGUACUGAACACUAAAAGGAAAACCAUAGCAAGGGACCCUAAUGGGAGGACUGCGGCAACGCCAUUUGACUUUGGCUCGGGUUUUGUGGAUCCCAUCAAAGCUCUCAACCCAGGGAUAAUCUUUGAUGCACAACCUGAAGACUACAAGUCAUUCUUAUGUACUACAAGCUGCGAUGAUCACUCCUUGCAUCUAAUUACCGGAGACAACAGUAGCUGCACCCACAGAGCCUCCUCUUCCGCCACUGCUCUGAACUACCCAUCAAUCACCAUUCCAUUUCUGAAGCAGAGCUAUUCGGUCAUGCGGACUAUGACUAAUGUGGGUAAUCCAAGGAGCACUUACCAUGCUGUGGUGUCAGCUCCUCGAGGCAUCAGCGUGAGAGUGACACCAGAAGUUAUAAAUUUCGAGAACUACGGUGCAACGAGGACGUUCACAGUUAGCUUAUAUGUGGAUGUGCCUCCUCGAGGUUAUGUUUUUGGCUCUUUAUCUUGGCAUGGAAAUGGAACAGACGCUCGCGUGACGAUGCCGUUGGUAGUGAAAGCUGCCGCGAGGCACCGAGACCGCCCGAUGGUGGCGGAGGCGGACGCGGGGGAGACGGGUGGCGGAGGUGCCGAUGGACGCGGAGGUCGUAACAGGGAGAGUGAGAGUGGGAAGGAGAGGCGGAGGCGCAUCGGACGGAUGGACGCUGGAGGGCUCGGCUUCCUCGUCGCGGGCUCCCGGCGCGAGUUCGUCGUCCUCAACGUCGACGACUUCUCCAAGCAAGGAUCUUCACAGGGCUAUCCAGACUAUAUUUGUCAGAUAUGCGAAGAUGACAUUGACAUGCUCCAGGAAGAAAAUGAGUAUUUCGUCGCAUGUAAUGAUUGUGCUUUCCCUGUUUGCCGCACUUGUUAUGAGUACGAGCGUCAGGAGGGCACACAAGCAUGCCCUCGCUGCAAGACCCGGUACAAACGCCACAAAGGUAGUCCUCGAGUCCAUGGGGAUGAGGAAGAAGAAGGUUCUGAUGACAUUGAGAGUGAGUUUGCUUCCAGUAUAGCUGGAAGAUCAAAUAUAGUGCAUCCAUACCGUGUCUCUGUGGCAGAAAGCUCCAUCAACUCAUGGGACAUUGAUAGUGUAAGUAUCACGAACAGUGGAACAAGUGUCCAUUUCUAUGAAGAGCAUGUUGGAACUCCAACAAAUCAUCAUGCUCUUGUUGUUCACCCUAACACUGGAGAAAUUAUGCGAUAUAAUCCCUUGCAAACGAGACCAAUAAAUCCUAAUAGAGACCUAGCAUUGUAUGGCUAUGGAUCGGUUGCCUGGAAGAACAGAGUUGAGUGGAAAAGAAAACAACAGCAUAAAAUGCAAAAGGUCUCAUCCGAUGGUGAAGGAUCUGAUUUAAAUGAUUUUGACAGUGAUCGCGAUAUUCCCAGGUGUGCUGAAAGCAAGCAGCAACUAUCAAGGAAGUUACCUAUUCCAUCUAGCAAAAUAAACCCUUACAGGAUUGUAAUCAGUUUGCGGCUAGCCAUUCUUGCCUUAUUUUUCCACUAUCGGAUUCUGAAUCCUGUACAUGAUGCUCACUGGUUGUGGUUGACUUCAGUUAUUUGUGAAAUUUGGUUCGCUUUUUCAUGGAUUUUGGACCAAUUUCCCAAGUGGCACCCAAUACAGAGAGAAACAUACUUGGAUCGAUUAUCAUUAAGGUACGAGAAGGAAGGAAAACCACCAGAACUGGCUCCAAUCGAUGUAUUUGUCAGUACAGUUGAUCCAAUGAAGGAACAUCCUUUAAUUAUUGCAAACACAGUUUUGUCUAUACUGGCUGUGGAUUAUCCUGUUGAUAAAGUUUGCUGCUAUGUGUCGGAUGAUGGUGCUGCAAUGCUUACUUUUGAAGCACUUACAGAAACAUGUCUAUUUGCACGAAAAUGGGUUCCCUUCUGUAAGAAGCACAAAAUCGAGCCUCGGGCUCCUGAAUGGUAUUUUGCUCAGAAAAUUGACUAUUUAAGAGAAAAGGUUCACCCAGAGUUUGUUCGAGAACAACGUGCAAUGAAGAGAGAAUAUGAAGAAUUUAAGGUUCGUAUAAACGCAGUAGUUGCUAAUUCACGCAAAGUUCCCGAGGGAGGAUGGUCCCUACCAGAAGGAGCUCCAUGGCAUGGAAAUAAUGUUCGAGACCAUGCCGGGAUGGUCCAGGUCAUCACUGGCCAUGAUUGUGUCCUGGAUGAUGCUGGAAAUAAGCUGCCUUGGUUGGUCUAUGUUUCACGAGAGAAAAGGCCUGGUUAUGAUCAUCAUAAAAAGGCUGGUGCCUUGAAUGCGUUGCUGCGAACUUCAGCAAUUCUGUCCAACGCACCUUUUGUCCUGAAUGUGGAUUGUGACCACUAUAUGAACAAUAGCAAAGCACUACGGGAGGCAAUGUGUUUUCUGAUGGACCCAGUAUUGGGAGAGAAGAUUUGUUAUGUUCAAUUUCCUCAGAGAUUUGAUGGCAUUGAUCAACACGAUAGAUAUUCAAACCACAAUGUUGUGUUUUUUGAUAUUAACAUGAAAGGUCUUGAUGGGAUCCAAGGACCAAUAUAUGUUGGGACUGGUUGUGUUUUCAGAAGACAUGCUUUGUAUGGAUAUGAUGCCCCAACUGCAACAAAACCUCCUAGCAAGACAUGUAACUGCUGGCCGAAGUCAUGCUGCUUGUGUUGUGGAUCGAAAAGAAAAUGUUCCAAAGCUAAGAAAAAGCAAGAACACCAGAAGAAAGUGAAAUGCAGGGAUGCGUCCAAGCAAGUGCAUGCUCUCGAAGUGGCUGGAAGAGAAACUGCACCCCCUGCGCCUCAAGAAAAGUUUGAGAAGAGAUUUGGGCAGUCAGAUGCAUUUUUGGCUUCGACAUUGCAAGAUAAUGGUGAAGGUUGUCGCUUUGACAUGCUCAAAAGCCUUGAUGAUUGCAUCCAUGUUGGUUGGAUUUAUGGAUCUGUCACUGAGGAUAUCCUCACGGGCUUCAAGAUGCACUGCCAUGGUUGGCAAUCUGUUUACUGCAUGCCCAAGAGACCAGCAUUCAAGGGAUCCGCUCCUAUCAAUCUCACUGAUCGUCUCCAUCAAGUUCUAAGAUGGGCACUUGGCUCUGUGGAGAUCUUUCUUAGCAAGCACUGCCCAAUAUGGUAUGGGUAUCGAUGUGGUCUGAAACCAUUGGAGAGAUUGUCAUAUAUCAACUCUGUCAUCUAUCCGUGGACAUCAAUUCCUCUGCUAAUUUACUGUGCCCUGCCAGCAUUUUGCCUGUUAUCUGGGAAGUUUAUGGUGCCUGAGAUGAAUAUCUAUUCAAGCAUAUUGUUCAUAGCUCUAUUUGUCUCCAUAGCAGCUACCAGCAUCCUUGAGAUGCAGUGGGGAGGAGUCGGAAUCAAUGAUUGGUGGAGAAAUGAACAGUUUUGGGUUAUUGGUGGUGUCUCCUCACACCUCUCUGCACUGUGCCAAGGGCUUCUUAAGGUUCUUGGUGGUGUAAAUACUAAGUUCAGGGUGACUUCGAAGGGAGGCGACACAGAUGAGUUCUCAGAGCUGUAUGAGUUCAAGUGGACCUGGCUAUUGGUCCCUCCGAUGACAUUGCUCUUGCUAAACGUUGUCGGAGUCUUGGCUGGUGUAUCCAAGGCAAUAACGGAUGGAUACGAAGCCUGGGGCCCACUGCUUGGCAAGCUGUUCUUCUCCUUCUGGGUUAUCCUCCAUCUCCACCCGUUCCUCAAGGGCGUGAUUGGCAAGCAGAACAGGGUGCCGACCAUUGUUGUUGUAUUGUCUGUGCUACUAGCAUCCAUAUUCUCUCUUUUGUGGGUCCGUGUAAGUCCGUUCGCCACCAAGUUUGAUGGCCCAGUUCUAGAGGUUUGUGGUUUGGAAUGCGAAUGA